UGGGAGCUGGGAGGGAUCCGGAGUGCGCAGGUGCGGCACCUGCCUCAGUGAAGAUGUCCACAGCUCGGCAUGCCUGAGACAGAGGGAGCGAGAGACGGAAAGGAGAAAGGAGGGAACUAGAGAGAGAGAUGGCAUCCGAUUCCACGCACCCACACCUCCGCGAGUAGGGAAAGAAGGAAGCAGACGGUGGAGGAAGGAAUUAACCAGCCAGGGCCAGCAAGGAGACAAAUAUGAAUCAUGAAUCUUCCCGGGUGUUGCUGUUUUUUGUCUCUGAUCCUGUGCUCCAGCCUCCAGCCUUUUGGUGCAGCGGGUCUGCAGUUGAGCGGUGCUGAUGGAGAGCCAUUGGCAGCUGAUGCUGGUGCAGCGUUGAACCAGAGCAGCAGUCCGAGUCAGCAGGAGAUAACGUGGCCUUUACGCUUGAUCUAUUACGUGCACGACGACAAUGAGAGCACUUAUCACAUCCUGGAUACCAAAGCCAGGAACCAGCAGAAACACCAUCAGGCUGUCCACCUUACCCACGCAAGCUUCCAGAUCGAUGCCUUUGGCUCCACCUUUAUACUAGAUGUUACACUGAACCAUCACCUGCUGUCCUCCAAGUACAAAGAAAUCCACUAUGAGAAACAAAAGACGUUCUUUUCCAAGGGAGGAGAGCACUGUUACUAUCAUGGGCAGAUACGAGGCAAUGCCAAGUCCAAAGUUGCGCUGUCCACGUGCGAUGGACUUCACGGCAUGUUUGAUGAUGGUAACUACAUGUAUAUCAUUGAACCGAUGACACAGACACAUACAGAGGAGAACUCGGCACGGCCCCACAUUGUACGUCGUAUUCCAAUCGGAUUGGUUGACCAGUCUCUCCACUUUGGGAACCGAAGAAAGGCAAACACACCUUGGUCUUCGCUGACCGAUCUACCCUGGCUCCAAGUCCGCAGGAGGAGGAGAGCAGUCCACCGCAGAAGUGUCUUCUCUGAAAUGAAGUACCUGGAACUGAUGAUUGUAAAUGACCACAAGAUGUACAAGAGACACCGGUCCUCCCGGCCUCACACCAACAACUUCGCCAAGUCGGUGGUCAACCUCCUGGACUUUAUCUUCAAGGAGCAGCUGAACACCAGGGUGGUCCUGGUCGCCGUGGAAACGUGGUCGGACAAGGACAGGAUCGAUGUGGGUCAGGACCAGAUGCAGACCCUGCGCAGCUUCUCCAAGUACCGACAGCAGUUCAUCAGGGAGCAGGCCGACUCCGUCCAGCUGCUCUCGGGCACCACAUUCAAAAGCAGCAUGAGCAGCAUGGCAUUCUUCGGGGGUGUUUGCUCUCUGAGCCGUGGAGUCGGGGUGAAUGAGUAUGGACAUAUGUGGUCGAUGCCAGUUGUGCUAGGGCAAGGCCUUGCGCAGAACCUGGGCAUACAGUGGGAGUCUGAAUCAAAGAGGAAAAAAGAAUGCGAGUGUCCAGGUUCGUGGACAGGAUGCAUCAUGGAAGACCCAGGGUUUUACCAUCCCCACACGUUCUCCAAGUGCAGUAUUAUGGAAUACAAGGAGUUUCUACAAAGGGGUGGAGGAGCCUGCCUCUUCAACAGGCCGACAAAGCUGUUUGAGACUACGGAGUGUGGAAAUGGAUAUGUGGAAUCUGGUGAAGAAUGUGACUGUGGACUGCGAGUGGAAUGCUUCGGGAGCUGCUGCAAGAAGUGUUCCCUUGCCAACGGUGCCCACUGCAGCGAUGGACCUUGCUGCAAUUACACUUGCCAGUUCCUAAAACGAGGAUAUGACUGUCGGGAUGCGGUGAAUGACUGUGAUAUAGCGGAGUACUGCACAGGAGACUCUGGGCAGUGUCCACCUAACCUUCACAAGCAGGAUGGAUAUACCUGCGACCUCAACCAGGGCCGAUGCUUCAGUGGAGAAUGCAAAACAAGGGACAACCAGUGCAAACUGAUCUGGGGCUCAAAGGCCAGGGGCUCAGACAAGUACUGCUACGAGAAGCUCAACACGGAAGGGACUGAGAAAGGGAACUGUGGGAAGGACGGUGAGAAAUGGCUGCAGUGCAGUAAGCAUGAUGUCUUCUGCGGCUACCUGCUCUGCACUGGCGUUAGCCGUGUGCCGCGGAUCGGCCGUCUCCUCGGUGAGAUCACACCCACCUCCUUCUACCACCAAGGCAAGCUGGUGGACUGUAGUGGCAGCCACAUUAUUAUGGACGACGGGACAGACCUGGGAUACGUCGAGGAUGGAACGCCCUGUGGGCCGUCGAUGAUGUGCACGGAUCGGAGGUGCCAGCCCAUUCCUUCCUUCAACAUCAGUAGCUGUCCCAGUGGAUCAGCGACCAAGAUAUGCUCUGGCCAUGGGCUAUGCAGUAACGAAGCGACCUGCAUCUGCGAGGGUACCUGGGCCGGGACGGACUGCAGCAUGUACGACCCCAAACGUGAUGAGGCAAAGCCACCACCGGAAGGCCCCAAGGAAAUGUCAAGAAGCGAAGAUAUGAUCCAAACCAGGCUGGGGCGAUUUGAAAUGGUGGUGGAGGUGUGGGGGGAAAGAGGCCAAUGGUGGGGACGGAGGGUGUGUGCGGGCUGGAGGGUGGGGGGAGAGGGAGCGAUCUCAUCGCCUGUGGAUUCUGGGAACGGCUGCUGAGCGUCAAACUCCUCGAGGAAGGAAACACAACGAGCAGAGCGACAGGACCAGAGCUCCCGGGAAUGUCAGGUUGACUCGAGAUCUUCCCCUCCCCUCUCGCGGCGAGGGGGGGGGGUGGAGGCAGCUGGGCCUCCUUCACCUCCUCAACCCCCUCGAUAAUUCCCCCUUCCCGCUCCCACCCCCGACCACAUCAGAGAGAAAUAAGAGCCACACACAAGACAAUAGGAUUCCCACUUCAUGGAAAAGUCCACUUGCAGCGUGGAGGGAGGCACACGGUCCUGAGGCAUUGGCUGCACAUCAGUUCAUCGUUUGUUUCGUCCGCCUCUCCCUGUUUUUACUUCUCCCAUCUCGGCGUUCUCCGUCCGGAGGGUACCCGCAUGGAAAAUAAACUUUAAAACGAAAACUCCAGGUGGGGAAAAGAACUGGCUCCCAUCGACGGGCGACUUUCUGUUUCCCUUGACAGCAGGGGGUUGACACUUUCAUCCAAUCUCAGGUCCAUCCACUCAACAUUCGACUUAAUCUGCUUCGAACUGCCAGAGAUCUCUCUCUCUCUCUCUUUAUUUUCUAGUUUGUAACCAAGACAGUGGCAGAUGCCGUUCAAAAUAUUAUGUUUAUGGAUGUACACAAACCAGAUAGGGACUGUAAAGGAAAAAAACAUGGAAAACUGCAAACUGAACUUUUUUUUCUCUCUUUCACUACCUUGUAACCAUCUGUGUUAAUCUAGAUGUACAUAUAUAGUGGGUGUUUCAAGGCCAGCAGGUGAACAUUUUGGAUGAAUAUUUGAACGUUAGAAAGUUUGAAUGGCAGGGAGAAUUAUUGCGUCAGAAAUGGCGAUUGAGCUAAAUUCACUUUCCAGCUCUUGAUCCCAUUAUAAUCAGGACACUUUCCGCUCUCCAUCUGAGUGUGUAUUUUUUUUUGCGAGUUCAUUUUUUUUUUGUAUUUACCUCCCUUUCAGAGACUUGCAGCCCUCUCUGUUUGGAACUGCCCUUUCUGGUGGUCAAGGCCUCAGCACAUUGACCACUGGGUGAGCCAACCCAUGAGUUUAUGAGGUAAAAACAAUAACUGCAGAUGCUGGAAACCAGAUUCUGGAUCAGUGGUGCUGGAAGAG